UGGUUUGUUUCAAUCACCGAUUGGCUUACCUCUCAAAGAGUAAUGAUUUAUUUAUUAGACAGGGUCCGUUCUGUAAAACCAUUGCGUUGUCGAGCUGUCUAUGAUUUUUUCAGUAUUCGUUCGGUUGUUCCGUGUGCUUGCGACAGUGAGGGUGUCGUAAAGUCAUAUUUUUCGAAGAGGUUCUAGAUAUAGGCCUAUUAAUUGACAGAAGUUAUAUAGUCUCAUUUAAUCAGACCGUAUAUUCACGUCUCCUGGUUUUGGAGGUACUGUAGAAUAGUUCAUCAGACGGGAAUUUCAAGAGAGAACGGGUUCAGAAGGUGCCAGUCAGGAUGGCCCAGUGGAAUCAGUUGCAGCAGCUGGACACCAGGUACCUUGAGCAGCUGUACCACCUGUACAGCGACAGCUUCCCCAUGGAGUUGCGGCAGUUCCUUGCCCCCUGGAUUGAGAGCCAAGACUGGGCCUACGCAGCUAACCAAGAGUCCCAUGCCACGCUGGUGUUCCACAACCUCCUGGGGGAGAUCGACCAGCAGUACAGCCGCUUCCUGCAGGAGAACAACGUGCUGUACCAGCACAACCUGCGGCGCAUCAAGCAGCACCUGCAGAGCAAGUACCUGGAGAAGCCCAUGGAGAUCGCCCGCAUUGUGGCCCGCUGCCUGUGGGAGGAGCAGAGGCUGCUGCAGUCGGCCACCUCCACCUCGCAGGACGGGCAGGUGACCCACCCAUCAGGGGCAGUGGUGACAGAGAAGCAGCAGAUGCUGGAGCACAACCUGCAGGAUGUGAGGAAGAGAGUGCAGGACAUGGAACAGAAGAUGAAAAUGCUAGAGAACCUACAGGAUGACUUUGACUUCAACUACAAGACUCUGAAAAGCCAAGGAGAGGUGCCGCAGGAACUGAACGGGAACAACCAGGCAGCCACCAGGCAGAAGAUGGCCCAGCUAGAACAGAUGCUCACUGCCCUGGACCAGCUCAGAAGGCAAAUUGUGACAGAGAUGGCGGGACUGCUGUCGGCCAUGGAGUUUGUGCAGAAGAACCUGACUGAGGAGGAGCUGGCCGAUUGGAAAAGGAGGCAGCAGAUAGCCUGCAUCGGAGGAACACCCAACACCUGCUUGGACCGUCUGGAGACCUGGAUAACAUCCUUGGCAGAGUCCCAGCUGCAAAUCCGGCAGCAGAUAAAGAAGCUGGAGGAGCUGCAGCAGAAAGUGUCCUACAAGGGGGACCCCAUCAUCCAGCACCGGCCCGCCCUGGAGGAAAAGAUCGUCGACAUCUUCAGGAACCUCAUGAAGAGUGCCUUCGUGGUGGAGCGCCAGCCCUGCAUGCCCAUGCACCCAGACAGGCCUCUGGUCAUCAAGACUGGCGUGCAGUUCACCAACAAAGUCAGGUUACUAGUAAAAUUUCCAGAACUGAAUUACCAGCUGAAAAUCAAAGUGUGCAUUGACAAAGAAUCGGGGGAUUCGCUGCGGGGGUCCCGCAAAUUUAACAUCCUGGGAACCAACACCAAGGUGAUGAACAUGGAGGAGUCUAACAAUGGCAGUUUGUCUGCAGAGUUCAAACACUUGACCCUGAGGGAGCAGAGGUGUGGGAGUGGAGGCAGGACCAACAGUGACGCCUCGCUGAUUGUGACAGAAGAGCUCCACCUCAUCACCUUUGAGACAGAGGUCUACCACCAAGGCCUGAAGAUCGACCUGGAGGCACACUCCCUCCCUGUGGUUGUGAUCUCCAACAUUUGUCAGAUGCCAAAUGCCUGGGCCUCUAUCCUGUGGUACAACAUGCUCACCAACCAUCCCAAGAACAUCAACUUUUUCACUAAGCCACCAGUGGCUACUUGGGACCAGGUGGCUGAGGUUCUGACCUGGCAGUUCUCCUCCACCACCAAGAGAGGCCUGACCCUGGAACAGCUGACUACUCUGGCCGAGAAGCUGCUGGGUCCAUGUGUGAACUACUCUGGAUGCCAAAUCACUUGGGCCAAGUUCUGCAAAGAAAACAUGGCUGGAAAAGGCUUCUCUUUCUGGGUGUGGCUAGACAACAUCAUUGACCUGGUGAAGAAGUAUAUCCUGGCACUCUGGAACGAAGGGUACAUCACGGGCUUCAUCAGUAAGGAGAGGGAAAGGGCCAUCCUCAGCACCAAGCCGCCCGGGACCUUCCUGCUGCGCUUCAGCGAGAGCAGCAAGGAGGGGGGCAUCACCUUCACCUGGGUGGAGAAGGACAUCAGCGGUAAGACCCAGAUCCAGUCGGUGGAGCCCUACACCAAACAGCAACUCAGCAGCAUGUCAUUCGCUGAGAUUAUCAUGGGUUACAAGAUCAUGGAUGCCACCAACAUCCUGGUCUCGCCUCUGGGCUGCCUCUUCCCGGAUAUCCCCAAGGAAGAGGCCUUUGGGAAGUACUGCCGAAGCGAAGCCAUCGAGCCUGACUACACUGACCUAGGUAUAGGUACUGCACCAUACUUGAAGACAAGGUUCAUCUGCGUUACGUCGUUCCCCCCCUUGUUCUCGGACUUGCCGGAGCUGCUGGUGAAUGGAUUUCCAGGCACCAACUCUGGCAACACCAGCGACCCGUUCCCCCUGGAGUCUCACAUACUGGACUCUCUGUUUAACAAUGACAGGGCAGACGCCAGCCCCGGCCAGUUGGAAUCCCUCACUUCGAAAAUGGACUACAGUUCAUCCGACAUGGCGUCACCCAACUGAAGAGUCUUGGGCCCAGGAGGGAAAGACCAGCAUAUGUAUCCCUCUGCCCUUCACAUCAUACUUUGCGGUGUCGUCUGAGAUGGUACUUUUCAUCCCACCACUCACCAGAUCCCAAACAGAAGCCCGGGGACAAUGGAAGACCACCGCUACAUCACAGGAACCGCCGCGUUAACUUCUCUGACAAAUACUGACAGUCUGGAACCUGAUCACUUAUUGUUGACGGUGGCUAAUUUCUCUGAUCACACGCUGUAUUUACCCGCUGUCCUUAACGCUCGAGUCAGUGAAAAGAAAACCUAUCAAAGAAUCAAGCAUAGUCUCAUCAAGGAAAUGUGUUGGCCUUCGUUCCAUUGAAUGUUUUGUCUCUGCUGUGUUUGUUCUGUGUUAUUUUACUUUAUUCUGUGUCUUUCUUUUCCCAGGCACUUUGUUUAUAAUGGUGUAAUGUUUGCCACUGAAUACAACAUGCAGUCAUGUAUAGAUUCAGUAAAUGAGGGAUUUUUGCUUUUCAUGGUCACGGGUGUUCUCACCGUGAAGCCAUGACGAGUGGUCAGCUUAGUCCGGUUUGUGAUGGUUGAGUAACUGAUUUGCAAGCAUAAUGUUUACACAAAUACCAGCUGAAAAUAAUUAAGUGGAAAUAUAAUUUUUGCUUACUGCAGUAGGUUGAUCGUGUAUAUAUAUAUAUAUAUAUAUAUAUAAAAUAGUCCAAUGUAGUAUAUCCUUUUUUUAAUAAUUGAAUAAUUGAACGAACACUGUGACUGCGAUGUGUUCCACAGUAAAAACUUUGCUUUGCUACGGGUCAUUUACACUCGUACAUUGGUGAUUUAAAGUGUAAGUCCAUGUGUGUCUAUUGAUUGUGUUCCUGUUUAAAAAUGGUUCUAAAAGUAGAGCAAGUCAUAGAAAGUCUGUUUCUAGUUAAUUAUCAUUCUGUAUUGCAAGAUAUUAAAAGUGAUGCCUACAGUGAAAUUCUAUCACGGUAAUGUAGCUUAUGUUAUUGCUUUUAAAAAUAGAUCACACAUAUUUUCUGACUGACCAAGUGAUCAUUUGAUCUAUGACAAAUGGGAUUGUAUUGGUGACUAUGUUACCUGCUGUUUAAUCUUCUCUGAUCAUUCAGUUCAAGUUUCUGAUGGAUCCCUGGAUUUCAUCCAUUAAAUCUCUGUUGAAGCUUGCAUAAGGAGUACUGGCAAAACUGGCACACAGAUGCUUUUGUUAAUUAUCAAGCCAGACACAACCUAGAGUCACAACAUGCUUACCCCAGGCUUGUGGUAAACCAUGCACAUGAUGAGACCUCAAAGUAAGCUAAUGUAAUGAGGGGUACUAUUAUGUGUGUGAUUAUCAGGGACUAGUUUUUUUCCCUCAAACUUGCCAUAGGAAGUCUGAGUCCAGGCAUUCACUUCCAAGUCUUGUAUUUCUUUACUGGGGAGGGCUAUGUUUUACGCUUUUUCUGUAAAUGGAAUUUAGAUGAGUUUUUCUGUAAAUUAUGCUCAAACUAAUGGCUUAUUAAUUUUUAUAAAAUGUAUGACACAUCUUAAAUGUUCUGGUCUGCUCUGAACUGGUGGGUACACGGUUUUAAUGAGUAAGAAUAAAUGGAUGUGUUAAAAUGA